AUGAAAAGUUCUGUGCUAAGGAAUUUACAAAUGCGUUUUUAUAGUAAAAAUGGACAGAAUAAAUAUUGUGAUUUAUUUCCUAUGAAUAUGGUUGUUCAUAAUAGACAUAUGAAAUAUAUUAUAAAUUUGAAGGAACAGAAUUAUUCUUCUUUCUUUAAUAAAAUGAAUAAUAAUACUUUAUGGUUUAGAAACCAAAGAUAUAUGUUUAAUAUAAAACCUAAUAUAAACUUUAAUAACUAUAGAAUGUUUAGUGGUAAUGCAAAGAAAAAAAGAAUAGGAAAUAAAUCAUUGGAAGAAAGGAAUAUAACAAAGGAUGUGGAAUAUAUAUAUCAAAAUAAUAAUAGUGAUAUGUUUUUUGAUAGUGAUGAAAAAUCAUCCUAUGUUAAUAAUUCUGAAAUGGAAUAUGAGAAAAAAAAAAAAAAGAGAUCGAAAAUAAAAUUACUUUUUUAUUCAUUUAAUAUAAUAUUUGGAGGAUAUGUAAUUUAUAAAAUAUAUAAAAAUGACUUGAAUUUAUCAAAAGCAGAAGAAGAUAUCAUAAAGGAUAUAAUAAAUAUUUUAUAUUCUAAUGAAGAAAAAGUAAGUAUAAGAAAUUCAAAAUUCUUAACAUGUCUUAAUGAUGAAUUAAAUAGACAAAUAGCAAUGUAUUUUAUUCAACUGGAUACUGAUAAAAAAUCAGGAUUCCUACGAAGUGAUGCUAUACAAUUAUUAUUAGAGUUGAACAUAAAAGAAGAAUAUCCACUUAUUAAAAAUUUUAUUAAAAAUGGUGUUGGAAAAAAUAAUGAUGAAAAAAAAUUAAGUGGAUGUUCAUUACAAGAAUUUGCAGAAUUAAUUGAAAAUAUUAUUUUAACAAAUAAAUCACCAGUAAUGGAUGAACAAGAAGAAAACCAAACGCCAACAUUUAAAAAUGAAAAAGAAUAUUAUAUGUAUAUAUCACAACAAUAUUUAGAUAUGGUAGUUAAUUUUAUUAAAACAAGUAAUUUAUAUUUAUAUUAUCAAAUGAAUAAAAAAAGAAAAAAUAAUGAAGCUAAUUCCUUUCCAUAUGAUAUGGAUAAUUUUGAAAAAGAAAUUUUAAAUAAACUUAUGACAUAUAAUAAUAAAUAUGUAGAUAAAAACAAUCUUUCUUUAGAUUACCUACUAAGUAAAGAAGAAUUAAAUAAUCUCAGAAAAAAUAAUAACCCAUCAAAAGGACAAGAAGAUAGAGAAUUAUUAUUAAUAGAAAGAAAAAAAAUUGAAGAAAAAAUUAAAUUAUUACAACAAUUACAAAGAAAGAGAAAGAAUCUUACGGAUAUAGAAAUUCAAAGACUGAUAGAUCUAAAAGCAAAAUUGAGGACUAUUAAAAAGGCCAUAUGGAAGGAGGAAAUAAAAAAAUAUUUUACUUAA